ACGAACGGAGAAUAUGGUGGAAGAAAGAAGAGAAAACACCGAGGGAAAUAUACGCAUACUAGAAAUCAGAGCCAGGCCAGUGGGAUUCGUUGGAAGCUCGGCGAACCACCGCCCUGCGGCCGCUGGCCAGCGGAGUACGCGAUCAAGAUGUGAAACGCAACGAUCUUUCUUCUUGGAACAAAGGGACCAUAUACAUAUAUACCGCAGCUACGCUCAACGAAAUAGAAGAAACAUGUUGAAAACUUGUAUAACCGUCUCGCCGCUAUCUUUAGUUUCAUGGACCACACCGUCAACCUCGACAAUUUUCAAAGUGACUUCCGGUAUCACGUCAACCACGCACUACACGAGCAUAGAGAGUAACAACAACGAGGAAGAGGAAUACACUCCAUACGGAGAACGACCGGAGACGUACAUCGUGCCAAUUGUGUUUCUGCUGAUCAUGUUGAUCGGUCUCACCGGAAACGGGGUGCUAGCGUUGACUAUACUGCGGCACAGUAACAUGAGGAACGUCCCCAAUAUUUAUGUCUUUUCACUGGCGCUUGGAGACCUCCUGGUAAUCGUGAUUUGCGUGCCGUUCACCUUCACAGUCUACAUACUGGACUCUUGGCCGUUCGGUCUGGUGCUCUGCAAGGUGUCCGAGUGCGCCAAGGAUAUCUCCAUCGGGGUCUCUGUCUUCACUCUAACAGCACUCUCGGCGGAUAGAUUCUUCGCCAUCGUGGAUCCAAUGAGAAAGCUCCACGCUACGGGUACAGGCAGACGGGCGACUCGUUUCACGGUGAUCGUAGUCGCGUUGAUUUGGCUAUUAGCCAUUAUGUGCUCGAUUCCAGCUUCCUACUCCUACAUCAGGGUGUUCAGGGUGAACAGGAACGUGACAUUUCACGCCUGCUACCCGUAUCCGGAGGAAUUCGGACCGAAUUAUCCGAAAACGAUACUGUUGUGUCGUUUCUUCAUAUACUACGCUAUCCCGUUGAGCAUCAUAGCGAUCUUCUACAUACUGAUGGCGAGACAUUUGAUGCGUAGCACGAGAAACAUACCUGGAGAGAUGCAGUGUCAGGUGAGGCAGGUGAAGACUCGGAAAAAGGUGGCGAAAAUGGUGAUGGCGUUCGUGAUCGUGUUCGCGAUGUGUUUCUUCCCUCAACACGUCUUCAUGCUGUGGUUCUACAUCCACCCAACAGCGCAGCAGGAUUACAACGCUUUCUGGCACUACUUUCGGAUCCUCAGCUUCUGUCUGGCGUUCACCAACAGUUGUAUCAAUCCCAUCGCGCUGUACUGCGUGAGCGGGUCGUUCAGGAAGUACUUCGACAGGUAUCUACUUUGUUGCACGCCGAAGCGGAUCCGUAGGCGACAUCGUCGCUCAUCAGACCUCAGUUCCCGCGGCAGAGGGCAAAGUUGCUCGUUGAUCAGCUCCAGGAGGUGUGACUCGCGUCGAGGACAACGUUUGCACAUGUCCAUCUUGGGUAGCGAAACAAGGACCAGUCUACCGAUCAAGGAACAAGACACGACCAUUAGUCUAACAGCUUGUCCGAACAGUGUCGAGAAAACACUGGCAAGUCAUCGAGAUUCGACAACGGAACAACCGAUCAGUCACGAGUGCUCGUUGAAAUCGAAGGACUGA